CUUAGUCUACUUUUGCAGUUUUACUAACAGAGGAAUGGCGGAGACAAGAAUCCCCAAUUUACAGAUUGCUGAGAAGCAGCAACCACUGCUGAUUCUCCCUCAUGAGUUCACUGCAGCAUCACAGGGUGCUGUGCAGAUGCGCAUUAAGAGCUCACAGAGCCCUGGGGAACGCCUGAGCCAGUCCAAGUCCAUGGUGCUGCAGGAUUUUGACCUCCCCCAAAAACCUAUUUCUCGCCACCGAAGGAAUCAGUCUCAGCAUAAUGUUGGUGGCGCUGGAGUGAUUGAAAUCUCAGUUGAGCUGAAAGGUGAAUAUUUGAAUAAGGCCAAAAUAUUGGAAAGUGGCAAAAAGCUAAGAAAAAACUGGGCUUCCACGUGGGUUGUCUUGGAUACAGAUCAGCUUCUGUUUUAUAAAGACAGCAAACAAGAGGUUGUGACAAAUUUGAAAACUGGAUGCAAGGCAGAUGGAGUGGACCUUUGUGGCGCAGUCAUUGAGUGGACAACCCAAAAGUCCAGCCGAAAGAAUGUGUUUCAAAUCACAACAAACUCAGGAAGUGAAUACCUUCUUCAAGCGGACAGUUAUUCCACAAUUUGCAAAUGGUAUAAUGCUAUUAAAAAGACAGUCAAUUCUUUAUCUAAAGGGGAUGGCGGGUUUGUUCCCGGCAAGGCAGGGCUCAGAAGGUCAAACAGCACAGAGUACCUGCCAAGAGAUGGUUCCCUGCCAGGCAAUGGAUCUUCCUCCCCCAGCUCAAAACAACGCCACCCUGGACAUCGGCGCUCCCUCAACAUGUUCACAAGCUCCAAACUGAAACACAGCAUGUCAGACAGUGCAGAUAAAAAUGGAGUAAAAAACAGACUGAAGAAGUUCAUUAUUAGACGACCAUCCAUGAAGACCUUACAAGAGAAAGGCAUCAUCAAAGAUCGAGUGUUUGGGUGCCAUUUGUUGACACUUUGUGAACGUGAAGGAACCACUGUGCCAAGGUUUGUUAAGUCCUGUUUGGAAGCUGUUGAAAAACGAGGCUUGGAAGUCGAUGGCCUUUACAGAGUCAGUGGAAAUCUAGCUACCAUCCAGAAGCUGCGGUUCAUAGUUGAUCAAGAGGAGGAGCUUAACUUGGACAGCAGCCAGUGGGAGGACAUCCAUGUUGUCACCGGCGCACUCAAGCUGUUUUUCCGUGAGCUGCCAGAGCCGCUGUUCCCUUUCCGAUUCUUUGAGCUGUUUGUGGAGGCCAUAAAAACAAAGGAUCGCAUGCAAAAUGUGCAGGCUGUGAAGAAGCUAGUCCAUCAGCUACCCAAGCCCAACCAAGACACCAUGAAACUCCUCUUCAGUCACCUACAGAGAGUCCUGGUCUAUUCUUCAAAAAACCUAAUGUCAACUCAGGGCAUCAGUAUUGUCUUUGGCCCAACACUGAUGUGGCCUGAGCUGGACUCCGGGAACAUGGCAGUCAACAUGGUAUACCAGAACCAGGUUGUGGAGUUCAUUCUCAUCGAGAGCCAGGAGAUCUUUGACCUUGACAAAAAAUAGGUAGUAAAGUAAAUUUGCAAGCAGCCAACCACCCCCCACCUCACUGAGUAUGCUCAAGUACCUAACAGCUUUCAAAGGGAAGAAUUUGUACAAAUGUAAAAAAAAAAAAAAAAUACUGAAAAAUAAUGCAGUGCUGGUUCUGGUGUGGACUGUGGGAAUAAUUUGGUGGCUAGUAUUCGACCAAAAUUUGGGGAUUAUCCUUUUUUAGUUAAUACCAGUCAAGUUUUCACCAUUGUAGACUUAUGUCUAAAAAUACUUUUAAAAUAAUAGGUAUUAGUUAAAUUAGUUAAAUUUAUAACUGAAUAAUAAUGAAAUUGCUGUUUAAAGCACUCAAAUAUGUGAAGAGGAGGACAAAGACUACUCAAAUGCAGUAAAUAUAGCAGAGUAUUUUUGAUGUGAUUGGUUUGAUGCCAUCUCUGCUGAAGAUAGACAUAAUUAGAAUGAAAUGCGACGACAUCACAGAACUACUCAACCACUGGGUUGCUCCAAAAAUGGCAUGGUCAUUAUAUGGCGGAAUUUGUCUGUAUUCUCUCAAAUAAUUAUGCCCACUUCCUACUGUGGUUCUGCAAUCAAUGUUGUAUCACUGAAAAGGGGGGUUUGCUCCUCAUGCGUAUGAAUAGGUUUACCUUGAAAAUGUAAUAAUGGUCUGAACAUACUGAUUGCAAAUAUCCUUUGUCAGUCUUUAAACUGCCUCAAACUGUCUCUGUGAUGUUCCUUUUGAACAAUGUGCUAAAUGUUGGAGAU